AACAGCAGCACCGUGAAGGAGUUCAUCCUCUCUGGAUUCACCGAUUGUCCCGAGCCGGCCGCUCCCCUCUUCGCGGUGUUUCUGGUGAACUACCUCUUGACCACUGUGGGGAAUUUGGGGAUGCUUGUGCUCAUCAGGGCUGAUGCUCGACUUCAGACUCCCAUGUACUUCUUCCUUAGCAACUUGUCCUUCCUGGACAUCUGCUGCUCCACCACCAUCAGCCCAAGGCUGCUAAGAGACCUCUUAGCUGAAAGGAGAGUCGUUACUUUUACCGCGUGCCUGACUCAGUUCUACUUCUGUGCUGCUUUUGCCCGCACUGAGUGCUACCUCCUGGCGGCGAUGUCCUAUGAUCGGUACAUGGCCGUCUGCAAUCCACUGAUCUAGGCUACUGUCAUGUCCCCGAAGGCUUGUGCUUGGCUGGUGGCUGGUUCAUACCUGACUGGCUUCGUCAAUUCCCUGAUACACCUGGGUUGCCUCACUUAUUUGGCUUUCUGUGGCCCAAAUGGAAUUGACCAUUUUUAUUGCGAAGCUUCCCCGCUCUUGCAGCUUUCCUGUUCUGACACCAGUCUCAAUGAGUAUGUCAUGUUUGUAUUUGUCAGUUUUAAUCUGAUAACCACCCAGGUGACUAUCCUGAUCUCUUACUCUUACAUAUUUUUCACUAUUGUGAGAAUCCGCUCAGCCGAGGGCAGGCACAAAGCCUUCUCCACCUGCUCAUCUCACCUGGUGGCUGUUAUAAUCCUUUAUGGAAGUUUGACCUUCAUGCAUCUUCAGCCAAAUGCAUCAACAAAUGGAGGGAAGGUGGCCUCCAUGCUCUAUGCUGUGGUGAUCCUCAUGCUAAAGCCGCUGAUCUACAGCUCGAGGAACAAAAUGGUGAAGUGUGCCUUGAAGCGGAUGCUGGAGAAGUUCAUGGUAAAUCCUUAG